AUGUUUUCUUCUUCCUCUCCUACCGGAUCCCAAAACUUAUUUACUAAGGCAUCCCAGAACUUCAAAGUUGAAAAGCGUAGCAGAUCAAAUUUUGCGAUGGGGUCUUAUUCGGAGCAAUCUACAUACCCACUGACGGAAGCAGCGCUUCCUGAAAUUAUAUCGGAGUCAGUGAUCGAGUUUCUGAAUACUACGACAACAGAAAGUGAAACAUCAAAACCGGCUGCCUGGCAGACAUGGGGAAUUGGCUUGCUGAUAGUCUCUAUAACCGCUUUCGGACCCUCAAUAGCCAUUCUCGGAGUUCCUUUUCUAAGCGAGAAGCUGUACGAGAGAUUUAUGAAUUUUCUGGUGGCGUUAGGCAUUGGGACGCUUUCAGGCUCAACACUCUACUUUCUCAUACCACAGGCCUUUAACAUUGAUGACGAAUCUGGCGACAUUUAUUUGAUCAAAUCGUCAGUGGUUCUUGUUGCAAUAUAUAUUUUCUUUAAUGUUGAUAGGGCCUUGUCAUACUUGCUGCAUUAUCGUAGGACCAGAAGUGAAAAAAGGCAAAUUCACAAGUCUACUCUUGACACUGUACUCCGCAAAAAGCCUCAAGAAACCCAAGACAAGAACAAUAAUAUGGAUACUAUUAAAUCAGCAGGCAAGAUCCACUUUGAGGAUGUUCCAGAAAUUAUAGUUUCCGAUACCGACGGAAAGUACAGAGAUCCGGAAGAUAUGGAUAAAGUUUUUGAAAUUGAAAAAAAUCAGCUAAAAAACGAAAUGGAAGUAGCUGUUGUGAGUAACGCUCUUACUCGGAAGGACUAUAAGCAGAAAGAGGAACGUCCAUGGGGUAAGCUGAAUGGGGAUAAGUUUUAUGACUGA